UUGACGCGUGGUGGAGGCAGUCCAGUCAGUCCAAUCCUCUUUUCCAACAACAGCCCCUCUAAGAAGAAGAAUACGAAGUGGCUAUAAUGUCUCUCCAUAACAUCUCCCAGAUCAUCCACGCUCAUCAACUAGUCCCCACGACCAAGUUCCUCCUCACCUCUUCCCUGCCAAAUAGGGACGACCCCGACGAGUGGCGGAUGUGUCUCUUUUGGAUACCCAAUGAUGGGAGGGGAGUGAAAGUGUGGAAGCUCGAUCAGAGAAUAUCAGAGACGACAAUGAACGAAGCCCAGCUGGUGAAAUCGAUCCAGAGCGGGAUGAUGUCUGUCAAGCUGAAAGCUACCGAUGAUCUCAACGCAAUGAAGGAGCUCUACCUGCAAAUGAUAGAACCCAAGAAAUGGCUGUCAUGUCUGGAAGAAGACGAAAUCGGCCAAUACAUUCCGGAUCUGAUGAGAGUAAUAUACAAGCUGCUAGACCCAGAGUCUGAGGGGUGGACUGGUGGUGGUGCAAAUCAGCAAAACCCGUCUACAGACGAGCGGCAUACCAGGGACAAGACUCCCCCGCCGAAACCCAAGACGCCGGAACUCGCUCGCCCUGCGCCCGACAUCGAUCCACAAAUUCGAGAAAUGCAGGAGCAACUGGCGCAGGCGCAAGCGCAGAUCAAUGCGCUCAGCUCGCAACAAGCAAAGGCGAGCCAGGGUGGCCCGGGGAAAUCGUCUCAGCAAUCUCCGGUCAAGCCCAAAGCGCCCAAGAAUGCCAACAAACUCCAGCCGACUCAGAAGAGGAGAAAGAUCGUGGAGGAUGAGUUUGCGGGAAGCGAUGAUAGUGAUUAGCAUGUUUGACCCAGAGAGCAAUGACACUCUGGGAAAGCCAUAGGAACAAGAGAGCACGCUGUAUAAUCAUAGAGUACUCGUAUCGUACAACAUACAUCCAUGUAAUGAAUUGU